AUGGUCAAACGUGCUUUACAGGGACUUUGGACCAGGUCCUUGCUCGGCCGCAAGCAACCGACGAUAUUUUGCGGGAAGGGCGCUGAGCUAUCUCCAGAUACCUUAAUUGAAGAAGAGAUAGUACCUGACUAUCAAGCCAGUCACUAUUUCCCUGUUAAACCAGGCUACGUUUUCAAUCAUCGGUUCGAGGCACUCGCAAAACUGGGCUGGGGUGGUUGCUCCACUGUCUGGCUUGUAAGAGACCUCCGGCGACGGAACUGGCAGAGCGAGCGCUAUCUAGCAUUGAAGGUUGGCAAUAAUGACUUCAAUGAUGCAGAACAAGCUGCGCAUGAGUUCAAUAUUGAACGUCACAUUGGCAGCAUGGGUGGCCGCCAUGGUGGACGCAAUUACCUUCGAACUUUUGUCGAGCAGUUUGAGGAAAAAGGUCCCAACGGGAUGCAUGUGUGUUUAGCAUACGAACCCAUGAGAGAGCCUCUAUGGCUAUUCCAAUCUCGCCUCCGGAAUAAAAGAUUUCACCUCGGCCUUUUAAAGGGUUAUAUAAAACUUCUUCUGAAGGGACUAGACUACCUCCAUACAGAAUGCAAUGUUAUCCACACAGACUUGAAGGUUGAAAACAUUCUCGUCAGUUUUGAAGAACCAUCGGUGCUGGAAGACUUUGCUCAAUUGCAAGCACAGAAUCCUAUGCCCCGUAAAUCAAAUAACGGGAAUACCGUCUACCUCUCACACAAUGACUUUGGGCCCGUGAGAUCAUACUAUAUCUUGCCUAAAAUAACAGAUUUUGGCCUGUCCCACUACCAAAAAGACCCAUCAUUGCUGAACAGGCACCCAAUCCAGCCUGACCAGUACCGAGCUCCUGAAGUUAUUCUAGGUGCUGGCUGGACAUAUAGCGUGGAUAUUUGGAAUCUUGGGCUGCUGAUGUGGAAUAUGCUCGAGUCUCGGGAUCUCUUUACUUCACCGCUUGAUGAUCAGGGAAAUUAUCGCCCCGAAGCUCAUCUGGCAGAGAUGAUUGCCCUUCUGGGUCCACCUCCAAAGGCAAUGGUAGAGCGCGAGAGAGAUGGUAUGGAGUGGAAGUGGGCGCCAGCUGCUCAGAAUGCCGCGGGAGAGAUGUGUAACACGGCUUCUGAAUGGUAUGGUGGACCAUUCUUUGACGAUAAUGAUGAUACGGUUACCUGUCUUGAAGGAGCGCAAAAGAUGCAGUUUUUAACAUUUGCAAGGAAAAUGCUACAGUGGCUACCCGAGAAUAGGAAGACAGCAAAGGAGCUUGUGGAAGAUCCGUGGCUUAGUGACGAGUCGAUCAACAGAGGAGGUAUCUGA